AUGGCUUUCUCCGAAUACAAGAACUUAUCGGUCGGUCUUCGUUCAUCGAUAUUUGUUUUCUUAAUCAUCACAAUAUUAUCGGUACUCAUUAGCACUACAGAUUCAAUCUCUUUUAACUUCCCAAAUUUCGCAACAAAUGUUUCUCAAAUACAAUUCCAAAACGAUUCACAUUUUGGGAGUAGCAACGGCGCCAUCGAACUUACCAAGAAUUCAGCGGACGGUAAUUUAUCUUGGAGCGUUGGGUGGGCAACUUAUUCAGAACCUAUACAACUAUGGGAUGCAACCACAGGAAGGCUCACAGAUUUUGAGACACACUUUUCCUUCAUCAUAAAGAGCCUAGAUGAAACUUUUUUCGGUGAUGGUAUGACUUUUUUCCUAGCCCCUUUUGGGCGUAAGCUUCCUCAAGAUUCUAGCGGUGGACGUCUUGGCCUGAUGAGUCGAGGUGUGGUUGAAACAAACAUUACAACAAAUAGAUUUGUGGCGGUUGAGUUUGACACUUGGAGAAAUGAUUUAUGGGAUCAUCCAAAUCCUGAUCAUGUUGGUAUCGACGUAAACUCUGUAGUAUCUGUGGCUAAUGUUUCAUGGAAUAGUAGUAUGAAGGAUGGAAGAACAGCUAAUGCUUGGGUAAGCUAUAAUUCAACUACACAUGAUUUAAGUGUUUUUCUUACUUAUGCUGAUAAUCCGGUUUUCAAUGGGGAUUCUAUUUUGCACCAUGUUAUUGAUCUAAGCAAGGUUCUACCUGAAAAGGUUAUGGUGGGGUUUUCUGCAUCUACCGGCGUCGGCUAUGAAACUCAUAAACUCCUUUCCUGGAAAUUCAAUUCCAAUUUAGAAAACGAUGAAGCAAGAAUUGAAACCACCACCACCAACAAACAAAAAGAUAGUAAAAUUGGAUUGGUGGUGGGUCUUGUUGUUGGUUUUGUUAUUUUAGGUGUUGGCCUUGGUUUUGCUUUGCUCAUUUGGUGGAACAAGAGAGGUAGCUCAAGAAACAUUGAUCCGGAGACGGAAAAUUCUGACAUGGACAAUGAAUUUGUGAAAGGAACAGGGCCAAAGAGGUUCUCAUACAACGAACUGGUUCGUGCAACUAGUAACUUUGAUGAGGAAGGAAAACUUGGAGAGGGAGCAUUUGGAGGAGUAUAUAAAGGAUGUUUAAGAGAGAAAAAUUUGAAAAUCGCAGUUAAGAGGGUUUCAAGAGGAUCAAAACAAGGAAAAAAAGAAUAUCAAUCAGAAGUAAGAAUUAUUAGCCAGUUACGACAUAGAAAUUUGGUUCAACUUAUCGGUUGGUGUCACGAACGAGAUGAAUUACUACUUGUUUAUGAAUUCAUGCCAAACCGGAGCCUCGAUAACCAUCUCUUCAGAGGGGAAAGUAUUCUUACUUGGGAAAUCAGGUACAAAGUGGCUCUUGGUUUAGCUUCUGCACUGCUAUAUCUACAUGAAGAAUGGGAUCAAUGUGUAGUUCACAGAGAUAUUAAAUCAAGUAAUGUAAUGCUAGAUUCAAAUUUUAAUGCUAAACUUGGUGAUUUCGGUUUGGCAAGGCUUGUGGAUCAUGAACUGGGUUCUCAAACAACUGUCUUAGCUGGAACCAUGGGUUACUUAGCACCUGAAUGUAUUAUGACGCGCAAAUCAAGUAAGGAGUCCGAUGUUUUUAGUUUUGGAGUUGUUGCACUUGAGAUUGCCUGUGGGAGGAAGCCAGACGAAGUAGCUUUGGGGCUUUCACUAGUGGAGUGGGUUUGGGGUCUUUACGGAAGUGGUAAGAUCAUGGAAGCAGCUGAUGAAAGAUUACCAAAGGAUUUCAAUGAGUUAGAAAUGGAACAGUUAAUGGUUAUAGGAUUAUGGUGUGCUCAUCCUGAUUCUAAAUCAAGGCCUUCAGCUACUCAAGUUCUCAAUGUUCUUAAAUUUGAAUCUCCAUUGCCUAAACUUCCACUUGAGAUGCCGACUCCAAUAUAUCUUCCAACAGGAACAGUUAUGCCUGUUCUCCAGUCAUUUGCUGGUCUUACUGAUACACUGACAGCGCGAUAGUUCAUAUUCUUGUAAUAAUCAGUAGUGUAUAUGCA